CGCAUGCGCGGUCUGGCUCCACCGAUAGGAAGAGGAGGGGGAGCGGGAGCGCGCGCGCGGAGAGCUUGUUGUGGGGAGUGCGCGUUUCCGCGGUAUGUGCCGUUAUACCGCGGGCGGGAGGACAAAGCAACUCUCAGGCCCACUUACCCCUUUAAGGCGCUUCAUAAGGGUGCUCUUUUGGCCGCUUUUAGCUAGUCCUCGCUCCUCCAGUGCCGCCCUCAAAUCGGUGACCCGUAGGCUGUCCAGCGGCCUCCCGUCCAGCGUCACGUCCUCCAGCUCCGCCAUAAUUCGUGCCUCGGGUCCCCACUAACUGGGGGGAGAACAAGACACCGGCUGCGGGGCGCUAUACGACCGAGCUCGGCCGAUUCCGCUGCGUGACGUCAGCCUCGGGCACUUCCGCCUCUGUGCUCGGGUACAGUCGGAAAAUCUCUUCUAUUUCCUACUCCUUCCUUCAACGUCACGUUCGGCUACUGUACAGGCCACGCCCAGCUGCCCGGGGCGACUCGUGUAUUUCCGGAUCUCCAGGAGGCUCGGGAAGUAUUUGCUUCUAGCGACAUCAAGUGGACAUUGCUGGAGCUGCACCUGUGUAAGACUCAAGUAAACAUCUCCAUAUCCCAGAUUAUUGUCAGGACACCAUUUUAACAUUGUCCCAGUGUAAACCGCUUAAGGCAAUUAUCGUUUACACUAGGUUUAACAACCAAGUGUUAUUUUACAAGAAAUUCAGAUGAGCUGCUAAUAAUUGCAUGCACAAUGUGGUUACAGGGUCACCCUAAUUGCAUACAGCCCUCUUUUUUUAUAUCAGGGAAUAGUUUGGUUCAUUAAUUUCAUACCUAGAGCUCUGGAAUUUCGACAGCACUUUUCAUUUGCUACACAUUAGUAUGUUCCAGAAAAAGAUGCCCAAACGAGUAUAGGUUUCCAACCUGCCAGGAGUAAAGUUUGUGCAUGUUGUUUAAUUUAAUAAAGCCUGGUUAAAGUGUUCUAAAGCACAAUUUUACGGAAUACAAUUGUCUAAUCAUAUUCCAAUAGUGUGUAUUGACAGUGAUUACACAUCAAAUUGAUGUAUAUGUUGCUUAGUUAAUCUGUACUCUGAAAUGGUACUGAAGAACAUGCUUACCCUGGUUCUUUUAUUUAAAAAAAAAAAAAAAAAAACUGGAUAAUGUGGUUUUAAACCUUUUUUUAUAGACUUAUUCACUAAACUGUUUGUAAGUGACUCAGUGAAAUAUUUAUUCACCAAAUUACGUUAUUUGCUUGGGUACCUUUUUAUGUUCCAGUUCAAAUAAGCCAGUUAUGUUUCUAUAUCUUCUAUUUCUUCCCCUUGAAUUUGCGAUUAUCUGGUCCAGUGUUUGGUGAAUGUUUUUUUCGAUUUGUUCAUAAUGAGGAGAGUACCUGCAAUUAUUUGAGGUUUUGCUCACAUCCAUAGAUAAGUGUCCUUUUUAUUUUUAACGAAUGUGUUAACGCAAUGUUGACGCCAUUGCCAUCGUUAUGUGGUUAUUUGGUAAACUGUACAUUGUCAGAAAUCGAACAGGGGCUUGCACAAUGUAGGCCUGUAUAAUAUGUAAAAAAAUAACUGACCGGCUAUUUUAUUAAAGUGUGAAUUCCAAGUGGUUUCAAAGUGAAUAUCAAAUGUAAGGCCGAAGCAGCAAAAAAUAAUGCAUAGCUGUUGACCUAGAGAACUUUUCCAGUUCUGCUUUCAUUUUCUAUUGAAGUCCUAACUCAAGGCAGACUACUGACCGUUUUAAACUUAUAAUGUGCUCGUUCUAGUGCAAUGUUUGCUCACCACCAGAAACACACACACCAUCUGUAAGCAAAAACUGUAAAACACAACACAAACUGUGUUUACAUCAGGACAUAAACACACAGGAAGUAUCCUCCACCUUCAUGCUGUUACUUAGUGUCCUUGUUUAACCCCUGCACAGUCAUUGAUUUUAUUUAGUCCUCCAGGGCUUUCUUUCUAAUUAACACAUUCUGCAACAGCCUUAACUGAGCGUUUUCUUUCACCACAAGGAUUUUGUUUUUCAGAGGUGUAGUUUUUGAUCUCUUUAGCAUUUGAAUAAAAACCUGUGGUUCUCAUGUUACUAUCACUCCCACAUUUGUUGCAAACAGAGAAUGGCAGAACACAGCCAUUGUGUGUUUACCUUGGCAGUAUCGUGUAAGCAAUUCUGCCCCAGUGAUUACUUGUUACUUCUGUGUCAGAGCAGUCUAAUGGUUAUAUAAAUGCUGUGUACAUAUAUACAGCUGCAGUGCUUUAUCCAACCUGUACUAGAUUAAAGGAGUGGCCUAGACUCCAUAAAUGCCCUUACUACAACUCAAGAUGUCAAACCGUUUUAGCAUGGUUUGACAACUUAUUUGAGUCCCUCCAGGCACCUACCCCACAUCUGAUCAUCCCCAGCAGGAAAAGGUAAAUGUGUCUUUAGACCAAAUCAGCACCAAUGGUCCAUGUCUCUGUAUAUUGGUUGGUUUGUGCACCUUAACCUGAUGGAGAUAUCUUGCUGCUGUGUUCAAUAAGGGGUAUGGUAACUAUACCUCUUUGUGUUUUGUAGACACCUUUUAACAUUAUUACACCAGCAAAAAAGCACUAUGGUUGAGAAUGUUAAAAGAAAAAAAAAGUAUCUAAUUAUUUAAUUGUUUUAAUUGGUGACUUCAAGCACCAAUACCAUUUCAAAUACUUUAAGUGGUUAUAGUGCCUGGAGUCUGUAUGUCCAGCAUUUCUAUAUGAAACACUGCACUCAGAGUUUAACCCCUUAAGGACACAUGACAUGUCAUGAUUCCCUUUUAUUCCAGAAGUUUGGUCCUUAACCUCUUAACGAUGAGUGACGGACAAGGUCCGUCACUCAGGGGAAACCCUUAACGAGUGACGGACCUUGUCCGUCACCCUGUAAAAUUAACCCCAGAUCGCCGUGAUUGCGGGGUUAAUGGUGCUAAUACAGAAGCAGACCGGGAGAACCCGAUUAGUGCUGCCCAGCACAUGUGCUCGCUCUGACAACAUGUCAGAGCGAGCACAUGUGCAUAGUAUACUUACCUUCCGCCUCCCUGCACUUCCUAGUUCUGUGUGAAGUGCAGGCAGACAGAUCAGUGAGGAUUCUGCCCCCGUUAACAAAAAAAAUAAAAAAUAAAGUUUAUUUAAAAUCCCACCCCCAUUUACUCAUUUUAAUUAAAAAAUUAACCCCUUCCCUGCCAAUUGAUCACUGACUACAGUGAUCAAUUGGCAGGGAUUACAUUUUACUGUCAUCUGAUUUUUUUUUUUUAAUUUCUUUUUUUUUUUAACCCUCAGGGGUUAAAUUUAUUUAAUUAAUAAUUUAAAUAUUUUAAAAUUAUAUGUUUAGCUAGCUGGGGUGGGUGGAAGUUAGUGGGGAAUUGGGGGAUUUGGUGUUAGGCUAACUAGGGGUUAACAUUAAAAAAAGUUUUAAAAUAAACUUUAAAAAGUUAAAAAUUAAGCUUAAAAAAAGUUUUAAUAACGUUUAAGUAAAAAAAAAAAAAAACCUACCUUUAUACAGUCCAAAUAAAAAUUAACCCCUUCCCUGCCAGUCGAUCACUGCCUACAGUGAUCAAAAUACAGAUCACAGUAUUAUACUGUGAUCUAAUUUUUUUUUUUUAACCCCUGAGGAUCAUUAUUUAUUUUUUUUAUUUUUUUUUUUUUUAAACCCGCAGUGGUUCAAUUUAUUUAAUAAUUAUAUAUUUUGCUAGCUGGGUGGGUGGGAGUUAUGGGAAAAUGAAUUUACUGUUAGUGCUGCUUACUGCUAGUUAGGGGUUAACGGUAAAAAAAAAAAAAAGCUUAGAAAAAUUUUAAAUUUAAGAAAGUUUAAAAAAAAAAAAUUAAUAAGCAAAACAAAAGUUUAAAAACUAGUUUUUAAAAGUAAAAAAGUUAUAAAAAGUAAAAAAAUACAUUUAAAAACGCUCAUUACCACUACACCUGGAACAAACUAGAGAAAAAAUUAUCCCACGCUAAGGUUCAAAAUAUGCCUUUUGAAUUACCCCAUGGUGUAUUCUUUAAUAAAUAGUAUGUGUUUGUGGGGAAGUUUCAAUACCCAACCGUCUAAACUACUCCAAAUUGGAACAUGGACACAGCAUAAAACUUCAAAGUUAGAAAAAAACUGGCUGCGUCUCAAAUGCGCCCAUUCAACAUCCACAUAUACCUGGCAAAGGUACAUACGGUGGUAUUGCUGUAUUUAGACGACAUAGCUGAGCAACAUAUGAAGUAUUAUACACUGGUAGCACACAUAAGGUUUGCAAAAUAUACUGUGCAAACUCAAUUUGUGUGUCAAAAAGGCAGAAAAAACACUUAUUACCACUACACUUGGUACAAGCUAGCGGAAAAAUGAUCCCACGCUAAGGUUCAAAAUAUACCUUUUGAAAUACCCUCGGGUGUCUAAUUUAAGAAAUGGUAGGCCUUUGUGGAGUAGUUUGAAUUUAAACCCUGCUAAGAUGCUUAGAAAUUGCACAUAGGCCCAGUGUCAAAAUUCAAAGUUCGGUAAAAACGGAUAUGGCUUGGUCUCCUAUAUGGCACUGUAGCUUCAUGAAAUAGUGCCAAAGACAUUCAUUGGGGGUGUCUUUUUACUCAGAAGACUUAGCCGAGCAUAAUUUGGGGGGUUUGAACUUAGUGGCACAUGUGAAAUAUACAAAAUUCCCAGCAAAAAUGCAAUCCAUAUGUAAAAAAACGCGCAAAAUUAUUUAUCACAUAUAUUAGCAUAUAUUGGUGAAAAAAUGGGGGCAUGUUAAGGCACAAUAUGCACCUUAUGAGAUACCCUGGAGUGUCUACUUUUACAAAUGGUCGGCCUUUGUGGGCUUUUUUGAACAGUCAAACUGUUUUAAUACCCCAAAUGGAAGCAUAGGCUCAUUAAAUCCAUCCAAAAUUCUACUGUGAAUACUGAAAAGAACAGGCCUCCUAUAUGGCACUGUAACUUCACGAAAUAGUGCCAAAGGCAUACAAUGGGGGUGUCAUUUUACUCAGCAGAUGUAACUGAACACAAAAUAAAACUUUGUACAGGAAUAGCACACACCAACUUUACAAAAUAAACAUGAGAAUUUCUUUGUUAUAAGUUUGUGUGCCAAAAACAAAAAAAACACAAUUUUACUCCAAUAUUUAGCAGAGAUUGGCGGUGAAAUGGCUACGUAGAAAGUGUCAAAACAACCCUAGGUAAAUAGCCAGUGAUGUCUACGUUCUAUAAAUAUAUACUUUUGUGUGGCAAUUUUGUUUUCUUUUAUGGCUAUUAAGCUUACAAGACAAACAUACCAAAUUCUAAAAUCGCUCAACAUUCAACAGUUUAUUUUACUCCUUGUGCUUUGUGACCUGUAACUACCAAAAAAAAACUUAAAAUCCCAGACACAUUACAUAUUCUGUAAAUCAGAACAACUAAAUUAAUUUAUUUUUAAUUACUUUCCUUAACCUGCAUUAAUUAUGCACACAUUAUUAUAACAAAAGCUGUAAAAAAAACACAAUUUUUAUUUUUUGCAUUUUUCUGUAUUUUUUUUUUUUUUUUAAAUAAUAAAUAAGCAUGUAUAUAGAUAUAUGUCUUACAUCAAAUUAAAGCCCUUUCUGUCCUUUAAAAAAACAAUAUAUAAUAUAUGUCGGUGCAAUAAAAUAAAGUAAAAUGCAAAUUGCAGUUGAACGCAAACAGCAAAAAAUGAAAAAAAUGCUGUUGUCAUUAAGUGAAAGACAAGCUUCUGAACCUCUGUCCUUAAGGGGUUAAAGGAGCACUGUGGGGUCAGGAACGCAAACAUGUAUUCCUGACCCUAUAGGGUUAAAACCACCAUAUAGCCACCCUGGUCCCCUCAUGUCUCCCUAAAUAUAGUAAAUCUUACUUGUAUUCAAGUCUGCAGUUGCAUGCUUUGUGUCUGUUUCCUUUAGACCUGCCUGCUGACAUCAGCAGAAGUGGAAGCCUGAUCCAAUCCCAGUGCUUCCCCAUAGGAUUGGCUGAGACUGACAAGCAGGCAGAUCAGGGGCAGAGCCAGCACAAUUCAAACACAGCCCUGGUCAAUCAGCAUCUCCUCUUAGAGAUUAAUUGAAUCAAUGAAUCUCUAUGAGGAAAGUUCAGUGUUUGGAUGCAUUUUAGGCAGUCAUGACCCAGGAAUGAUCUCUAACUCAGCCAUCUGAGGAGUGGCCAGUAGAGUUAAUCCUAGGCUGUAAUGUAAACACUGCAUUUUCUCUGAAAAGACAGUGUUUACAGCAAAAAGCCUGAAGGUAAUGAUUUUACGCACCAGAACAAAUUCAAUAAGGUGUAGUUGUUCUGGUGACUAUAGUAUCCCUUUAAACUGUCUGCUACUGAAGGUGUAGCUCCAUCACUGCCUGUGUCAUUGGGGUGUCAUCAGCUAGACUGGAAUUAGAGUUUUGAGCUGGUUAAUGUCAAUGAUGUGCAACUUGCAUUGUACAGACUGGCAUUUAUUGUCUGAGAGCAGUCAGAUGACAUUCUCAGCCAAUGAAUGACAAUGGUAUCAGCUUCCCACCCUGCGUCGCCAAACCACCAAAGUAGCUUUGGCAUCUGACCGGGACCCAGAUAACAGCGCAAAGAGUUUACCCUAUUACUGGGGAACUGGACCAGGGUACUAUUCAUAUCAUAACCAGUACAGCAGGCUGUAGUGGUAUGAUGCUGUGAGUAACCCUUUAAGAGAUUUUAAAGAGAAACUGACAAAUUAUUCCACCGACUAUAACAGUGAAAAUUACCUGUAAGCUAUGUUGGCCUUUUUCAUAUAGUGCUGUUUUCUUUUCUUUUUAUGUUAAUAAUUAAGCAAACAUCCUAUUCCUGUUAAGUCCAGACACAACUGGAGCAAACAUUUAAACGAGGAGGAAAAAUAUAAAUAUUUUUAUUUCUUCACGUCAUAAUGUUAAAGUGGUGUGGGUUUCUACAUUUAAAUUUUCACACCAUAUACAUUUUUAUGUGUUAAACAUAGGGGAUAAUUAAACAUAUAUUAACCCCUUAAGGAUCGGACUGUUUUUGCGAUGUUGUACAUUUGCGACUAGGCAUCUUUUUACACUUUUGUGGUGUUUGUGUUUAGCUGUAAUUUUCCGCUCUCUCAUUUACUGUUCCCAUACAAAUUGUAUUUUUUUUUUUUUUUCAUGACAAAAUAGGCUUUCUUUACAUACUAUUAUUUAUAUAAUCGCAUGUAAUUUAAUUUAAAAAAAUAUGAUGAAAAAUUAAAAAAAAAUACUUUGUUUUUUGACUUUUACGUGAAAAAUCUUUUACUCAUCUACAAAAGUGAAUGAAAAAAACUGCUAAAUAGAUUCAACAUUUUGUCCUGAGUUUAAAAAUACCCAGUGUUUACAUGCUUUUUUUGCUAUUUGCAUGUUAUAGGGCUAUAAGUACAAGUAGGAUAUUGCGGUUUCAAAACAUACAUUUUUUUAAAUUUAUCAAUAGUGACAUUGUAACACUAUUAUUUGUCAUAAAUCUCUGAAUAACACCCCACAUGUACAUAUUUUUUAUUUUUUUUUAAAGUAGACAACCCAGGGUAUUCAAUAUGGGGUAUGUCCAGACUUUUGUAGUAGCCACUUAGUCGCAAACACUGGCCAAAGUUAGCGUUCAUAUUUGUUUGUGUGUGAAAAAGGUAAAAAAGAAACGAAAUUGAACGCUAAUUUUGGCCAGUGUUUGUGACUGUGGUUACUAAAAAAAGACUGUACAUACCCCAUUUGCUAUACCUUGGGUUGUCUUCUUUUGCAAAUGGUAUGCCAUCAUGGGGGUAAUUCUCAUUCCUGGGCUACCAUAUGCUCUCAAAGUCAACGUAACCAACCUGGCCAUUUUCAAUGUAAAAAUAUAUGACCCUGUAACUUUCAAAAAUGCUAUAAAACCUGUACAUGAGGGGUACUGUUAUACUCAGGAGACUUUGCUGAACACAAAUAUUAGUGUUUAAAAACUGGAAAACUUAUCGAAACAAUUAUAUUAUCAGUAAAAGUGCUGUUUGUGUAUGAAAAAUGCAACAAAGUCACUUUCACUGACAAUAUCAUCGCUGUGAUAUGUGUUACUGUUUUGAAGCACUAAUAUUUGUGUUCAGCGAAGUCUCCCGAGUAAAACAGUACCCCCCAUGUACAGGUUUUAGGUUGUCGUAGAACGUUACAGAGUAAAAUACAGUGCUAGCAAAUUAAAUUCUCUGGGCUUUCGGCCUGGGUUGGCAGGCAGGUCCCUCAAAUUGCAAUCAAUAAAAUUACUGAAUUAGGUAAAAAUAUUACAUAAAUACGCACGUAGAAUUUCAUUAUAUAAGCAUAUUUAUAUAUUUGAAGUCUACGUGUAUAUUUAUAUAAUUAUUUCUGUCAGUAUAUUUGCUGUGAUACUUUUUAAUGUUUUGAAACACAAAUAUUUGUGUUCACCGAAGUCUCCGGAGUACAACAGUACCCCUCAUGUACAGGUUUUAUGGUGUUUUCAAAAGUUACAGCGUCAAAUAUAAGGCUUGCGUUUCAUUUUUUUCACAUUAAAAUUCGCCAGAUUGGUUUCGGUGCCUUUGAGACCCUAUGGUAGCCCAAGAAUGAAAAUUACCCCUAUGAUGGCAUACCAUUUGCAAUAGUAGACAACCCAAGGUAUUGCAAACGGGGUAUGUCCAGUCUUUUUUAGUAGCCACUUAGUCACAAACACUGGCCAAAAUUGGCGUUUUUUUGCAUUUUUCACACAAACAAAUACUAACGCUAACUUUGGCCAGUGUUUGUGGCCAAAUGGCUACUAAAAAAGACUGGACAUACUCCAAUUGCAGUACCUUGGGUUGUCUACUAUUGCAAAUGGUAUGCCAUUAUGGGUGUAAAUUUCAUUCCUGGGCUACUAUAAAUUUUAAAAUGUAAUGUGCUAUAUUUGACCCUGUAACUUCCCAAAACGCCAUAAAACCUGUACAUAGGGGGUACUGUUUUACACGGGAGACUUUGCUGAAUACAAAUAUGUGUAUUUUAUUGCAGUAAAAGCAAACCGUAUUAUGACAUUGACAGUUAAAAUGUCAUGUAGAACUAAAAAAAUAAAAAAAUCUUAUUUUCUCCCAUUUUUUUUUCAUAUUAAAUUAUGUUUCAUAGCUAAAUAUUUGAUAUUAAAUGAAAGCCCUGUUUCCCCUGAAUAAAAUGAUAUAUAAUAAGGGUGGGUGCAUUUAAUAUGAAAGAGGUGAAUUACGGUUGGACAGACAUGUAGCGCAAAUGCCAGGUUUUGUUUACAUUUUGUUUCGUUCACAACGUGUACAUUUGGCUCCGUCCUUAAGGGGUUAAAGUAGAUACAUGGACACCCAGGUAGGACUCCUUUUUACUAGGGAUCGACAGAUUAUCGGCCGAUAUUCGGCAUUUUCAGCAAUAUCUGUAUCGGCAAAUAGAGAUACUGAUAUUGCCGAUAGUACAUACCAGGACCACCGGGCCCAUGACAAGCCCGGCGGUCCUGGGGGGCCCAGCAAUAGCUAACUUACCUUCCCUUCAGCUCCCCUGUGUAAAUCUUGCGAGUUUUGUGGCCGUCAGAGCCUUGCCACUGGUUACCAUGGCUACGCUCCGAGCAGCACACUGGCCGCGAGACUUAAACAGGGGAGCUGAAAUGAGCUGCUGGGAAGGUAAGUAAGCGCUUACUGGUCCACAGUCCAUGCCCCCAGACCACCAGGAAAUGACCGCGCCCUCUCUGGCCAAGAAACAAGCAGGGAGGGUGAAAUAAAAAAUAAAAAUAAAAAACAUUUUAAUAUUAAAAUUUUUUUUAAUUAAAAAUGCCUUCCCCUCCCAUUUUACACAAAUUACAUACCUACAGAAACACACACACACACACUCUGCAUUACAUAUACACUGCUUUCACUAUACACAUACUACAUAAAUACAGUGCAUUCACUAUACACACACACUUUGCAAUCAUAUACACACCUCUCACAAACAAUUUUUUGUUAAUUGUUUGGGUACCUUAAUAGACACAGUGUUCUGUUUUCUUAUUCUAUGGUUAUUUAACGCAGGGUUGGCGCAAGGUUGCCCUGUCGACUAGAAAUUUUGUCCUGGUGCCUGGUUGUCAGCCCGUUUAGCGGCUGCGGAAUCAACCUUCCCACACCGCGGCAACUGGCUAAGGGAGAAUGAAGGUGACGAGUGCUCUGCUCCCUCACACAUCUUGUAGUUAUGCCAGGAGACAAUGUCACUCUGACCUGGACAUCAUUGAAUGGAGCAAAGCAAGAAGAUCUUUUAAAUUACAGUAGCCACACUGGACCCCAGGGAAAGGAUCCAUUCCAGCUCUCCCAAAGUUGGGAGUCUGGGUGGACUUAAAGGACCAGUCUAGGCACCCAGACCACUUCAGCUUAAUGACGUGGUCUGGGUGCCAGGUCCAGCUAGGCUUAACCCAUUCUUUUGUAAACAUAGCAGUUUCAGAGAAACUGAUAUGUUUAUGAAUGGGUUAAGCCUUCCCCCAAAGCCUCUAGCGGCUGUCUCAUUGACAGCUGCUAGAGGCGCUUGCGUGAUUCUCACUGUGAAAAUCACAGUGAGAGCACGCAAGCGUCCAUAGGAAAGCAUUGCUAAUGCUUUCCUAUGCGACCAGCUGCGCGCGCAGCUAGCCGACGGGGAGGAACGGAGGAGGAUCGGAGGCAGAGAGAUCCCCGCCCAGCGCUGGAAAAAGGUAAGUUUUACCCCUUUCCCCCUUCCAGAGCCGGGCGGGUGGGGGCACCCUCAGGGUACUAUAGUGCCAGGAAAAACUAGUAUGUUUUCCUGGCACUAUAGUGGUCCUUUAAAUGAAAACCAAAUAAUAAUUUGUGAGUGUUUCAGUGUGUGUGUCUCAGCUAAUAUGUAUCGGUCAGUGAGUGUCAAAUCUUAUGAAUAUGUGUCUGUCUGCCAGUGUGUGUGUGUGGCAAAUUGGUAAUGCAAGUAGUUAUAUAUUCUAUUGUCUAUAACUGUUCCCAAGUCCUUCUCCACACAGCAGCCACAAGUAUCACAGAUGUAACCUUACUUUUUUUGUGUGUGUGUGUAUUUACAUACAUAAACACUGAUCAGCCACAGCAUUAAAAUAUCCUACCGAAUAUCGUGUAGGUUCCCCUUGUGUUGCCAAAAUAGAUGUGAGGCAUUGAGGCAUGGACUCCACAAGACCUCUGAACAUGUCAUGUGGUAUCUGGCAUCAAAACAUUAGCAGCAUAUCCUUCAAUUCCUGCAAGUUGUGAGGGGUGGCCUCCAUGGAUUGGAUUUGUUAUUACAACACAUCACACAGAUGCUCAAUCAGAUUUCGAUCUGGAGACUGUUGUGUUCCUCAAACCAUUCCUGAACAAUUUUUCAGUGUGUCAGGUUGCAUUAUCCUGCUGAAGGAGGCCAUUGCCAACAGGGAACACCAUGGACAUGAAGGGGUGUACGUGGUCUGCAACAAUGUCUAGGUAGGUGGUACGUGUCAAAGUAACAUCCACAUAAAUGCCAGGAACCUGGGUUUCCCCAGCAGAACAUUUGUUGUCCAAAGCAUAACACUGCCUCUGCCGACCUGCCUUCUUCCCAUAGUGCAUCCUGCUGUCACCUCUUCCCCAGGUAACAACGCACCAAAAUGUAAUUCAUCAGACCAUGUACCCUUCUUCCAUUGCAUCAUUGUCCAGUUCUGAUGCCCACGUCCCCAUUGAAGGUGCUUUCAGAGGUGGACAUGGGCUCUCUGAUCAGUCUGAUUAUUCACUUGCUGCCUAAUGCCCAAUACCCUUGACAGGUGCCAUUGUAACGACAUAAUGAAUGUUAUUAACUUCACCUGUCAGUGGUUUUAAUGUUGUGGCUGAUCAGUGUAUAUUACGUUACAUCAUUUGACACAUGAUCAUUAAAGAAACACUCCAAAACUUUAACCCCUUAAGGACCGGCCUGUUUUUGCGAUGUUGUACGUUAAAGACCAGAGCAGUUUUGACACUUUUGUGGUGUUUGUGUUUAGCUGUAAUUUUCCGCUCUCAUUUACUGUUUCCAUACAAGUUAUAUAUUGUUUUUUUCAGGACAAGAAGGGCUUUCUUUACAUACCAUUAUUUGUAUUAUGUCAUAUAGUUUAUUUAAAAAAAAAAUAUGGUGAAAAAUUGAAGAAAAAAAUGUUUUUGGACUUUUACUUGAAAAAUCUUUUACUUAUCUACAAAAGCUAAUGAAAAAAACUGCUAAAUAGAUUCACAAUUUUGUCCUGAGUUUAAAAACACCCAGUGUUUACGUGCUUUAUUGCUUUUUCUUGCAAGUUAUAGGGAAAUUGCGCUCUCUCUCUCUCUCUCUCUCUCUCUCUCUCUCUCUCUCUCAUAUCAAUAGUGACAUUGUAACACUGUUAUCUGUCAUAAAUCCACGAAUCACACCUCACAUAUUUUUUUUUUUUUUUAAAGUAGACAACCCAGGUUAUUCAAAAUGGGAUAUGUCCAGUCUUUUUUAGUAGCCACCUAGUCGCAAACACUGGCCAAAGUUAGCAUUUAUAUUUGUUUGUGUGUUUAAAAAUGCAAAAAAACGCUAUCUUUGUCCAGUGGCUACUAAAAAAGGCUGAACAUACCCCAUUUGCAAUACCUUGGGUUGUCUUACAUAGAAACAUAGAAUGUGACGGCAGAUAAGAAACAUUCGGCCCAUCUAGUCUGCCCAAUUUUCUAAAUACUUUCAUUAGUCCCUAGUCUUAUGUUAUAGUUAGGAUAGCCUUAUGCCUAUCCCACGCAUGCUUAAACUCCUUUAUUGUGUUAACCUCUACCACUUCAGCUGGAAGGCUAUUCCAUGCAUCCACUACCCUCUCAGUAAAGUAAUCCUUCCUGAUAUUAUUUUUAAACCUUUGCCCCUCUAAUUUAAGACUAUGUCCUCUUGUUGUGGUAGUUUUUCUUCGUUUAAAUAUAGUCUCCUCCUCCACUAACCACCGAGCAUACCCGGGUCCACACUGCGGGACAUGGCCAUGGGAAAACAGCGGAGGAGGAAUGCUGCCUCCGGCCGGUGAGAGUCAGCAGAGAGCCGGGAGAUGGGGUGCAGCUGGAAGAGAUAGUGGGAUGAUGGUGGGUCAUGGCAAGGGUACAGUAAGUGAUGAUGCAGGGGUGCUUUGUUUUCAUGCAAAUCACUUUGAAAUGACUUAUUUAUGUACUCAGAGCAUGUGUUCUAUAUAUACAUUUUAAGGUCCGACUAUCAAGUUUUCACUAACAUUGUUUUGUACCAGUAUUUGUGAAUUUACACAACUAGAAGUACAUAUAUAUAUAUAUAUAUAUAUAUAUAUAUAGUAUAGUUGAAAAAGGAUGCACUCAGAGGUCUUUUUAGAAGAAAUAUAGUGUAUUUUAAUCCAUAUAAGGUUUACAAAUGACUUGAUCGACGUUUCGACCCAAUAGGGUCUUCCUCAGGAUCAAUAUGUAAACAUAAAACCUACAAAUAUAUAGGAAAACAUAAAAUGUACUCACCAAUUGUGUUACAGUUCCCUCAUCCCUCCCGUCCGAACCCGGAAGUAAAAACCGGAAGUGACGUAACGUGAACGAAAUUACGUGUUCAACUAUUAGCUGUGAACGUGGUUACUAGGAAACCAAUACACAUAUCAAGAAUUGGUUUCAAAAACCGAGUAGGUGCUGAAAUAUAAGUGGCUAUUUAACCAUUAUAUAUAUAUAUAUAUAUAUAUAUAGCCAGUAUCUGCAGUGUAUGUAGAAUCAUUCAGUAAAAGUGCCAGUGCAAAGAUAAAAAAUAUAAGUGCCUGUUCAAAAUACAUCAAAGACAGCUGUGAUAAAGUGACUAGUGCCCAAAGUGAAAAGAGCUAUAUAUACUGAGACAAAAAAAUUGCAUCUUAAAAACAUAAAUAUUAGCCAUGGAGAAAAUAGCAGUAUAGCAUAAUUAUUAUCAAUAUAAUAUCAAUUAGUAUUAAUCUAUAAGUUCUAAAGGCUUUAGAGGCAUAAAUAUAUUAUAGAAUCUGAUUAUCAAAGCAAAAGAUUUUUGUAUGAAAAGUGCUGCACGGUCAAAGAGUAAAUUCAUAAAGUAUGAGAUACUAUCUCUAAUAAAUCCAAAGUUGUUUAGGGAAUUUAAAUAUUAUAUCUUGUCUUAAAGGGUCCACAAGCAACGGAGUGUAUAUUCUCCAAAAAUUAUAUAGGGCAGAGUAUAUAUAUGAAUGAAAAUGGAUUAAAGGAACAUAGAGUAUACAAUGUUUGGAUUUAUUAGAGAUAGUAUCUCAUACUUUAUGAAUUUACUCUUUGACCGUGCAGCACUUUUCAUACAAAAAUCUUUUGCUUUGAUAAUCAGAUUCUAUAAUAUAUUUAUGCCUCUAAAGCCUUUAGAACUUAUAGAUUAAUACUAAUUGAUAUUAUAUUGAUAAUAAUUAUGCUAUACUGCUAUUUUCUCCAUGGCUAAUAUUUAUGUUUUUAAGAUGCAAUUUUUUUGUCUCAGUAUAUAUAGCUCUUUUCACUUUGGGCACUAGUCACUUUAUCACAGCUGUCUUUGAUGUAUUUUGAACAGGCACUUAUAUUUUUUAUCUUUGCACUGGCACUUUUACUGAAUGAUUCUACAUACACUGCAGAUACUGGCUAUAUAUAUAUAUAUAUAUAUAUAUAAUGGUUAAAUAGCCACUUAUAUUUCAGCACCUACUCGGUUUUUGAAACCAAUUCUUGAUAUGUGUAUUGGUUUCCUAGUAACCACGUUCACAGCUAAUAGUUGAACACGUAAUUUCGUUCACGUUACGUCACUUCCGGUUUUCACUUCCGGGUUCGGACGGGAGGGAUGAGGGAACUGUAACACAAUUGGUGAGUACAUUUUAUGUUUUCCUAUAUAUUUGUAGGUUUUAUGUUUACAUAUUGAUCCUGAGGAAGACCCUAUUGGGUCGAAACGUCGAUCAAGUCAUUUGUAAACCUUAUAUGGAUUAAAAUACACUAUAUUUCUUCUAAAAAGACCUCUGAGUGCAUCCUUUUUCAACUAUACUAUUUAUCAGCAUAGGUCUGCACCGGGGCACAGUGACUAUUACCUCUUUGAAGCAAGGGUGAGUGCCAUUAUUAUGUUUUAUAAAAUUGUGGGUGUUUGCUACACCUUUAUGCGCACCCCCUCACGGAUUAUUAACUAAACAGUGAACUAUCCCUCAUUUGGAAUUUUUUGUGGCAGCCAUGGAGGACUUUUUGGCUAAAGCAGGAGCUUUAAUAGAAUCUGCAGAAACUCUUACUAUUUCAGAUGAACAAGCUAGUGCUAUUCUCUGGCCACAAACCUCGGGUGAAUUAGCACAUACCAAUUCUAUACAGGAUCUUUAUAACGAUCUUAUCAAAUUGAAAAAAAGAGAAAUAGAUUUAGAUCUGCAUGGGGUCUUUAUAUCAGACUACCACAGAUCCAAAAGGAUACCUAGAGGUUUUAGGGUGAGAAAUGCACCCACCAUAGGACGGCAAAAUCCUGAUUUUUGUAGGAAGUGGAUGCAAAUAUCCAAUAAAUGCUCAUUAGAUUGGAUGGUUAUCGUAGUGGAAGAAGUUGGCAGAGAACUUAUAUUCGUCAAACAGUCUAUACAGAAUAUAGAAACAACGAAUUCUAACAUGUUACAAGCCUCCACUGCAACCGUUCAAAUGCUAAAACUACAAGAUGAAAUAAGUAGAUACAAAAAUGAACUUAUUCGUUUUAAAAAACAGAAAUUGGAAAAAGUGAAUAAUGAUUAUAAAUUCCAUCAGGUAUACAGAUGGUUGGGAGGAUCGCAGGAUACCCAUAGAUUUAAUGCGAGAUUUAGAACCAAAAUACGUAAACCAUCCUUCCAAACGAUCGAUGCUAGCUCUGGGGAUUCAACGUCUGACCCGGACAGCAGAGGCGAUAACAGAGCCCAGGCCGGGGCCAAUUUUUUAGAAGAAGGCCCACCACCAAGGGAACCACCAGAUAUUCCCCGUAUCAACACCCGAGGCGCAAAAAGAACCGCCCUAUACGACGAGGACAGAAUAACUGGAAAAAACAUAAAUCCGACUGGAAGACCCCCGAGAAUACGGAAAUGACAUCUGUAUUUAAUCUGUCAGAAAAAAUUUUAAAUGCUGAUCAUUAUUCCGUUUUGAAUAAAGGACUCUCAUUUGUCCCAGUGUCCAGACCAGAUCCAUUUCAAACGGAAAUUGAAAUUUAUAAGACUCAGCGCACACUUUAUAGCAACGAACUCAGAAAGGAUAAUACAACGGAACAUGUCCAUCCAUUCUAUAAGAAAUCUAACAAGGACAUACGUACUUUUAAUUCUUCCAUUAAAACUUUCAUUCAAACUUUGAAAGCAGACACAGAGCAAAUAUUUAAGAACCCUCCAAAAUACCAUCAGAACCUUACUAAAGGAGAAAAAAUGGCUCUUAAAGAUCUUAGUGAUGAUCCCAACAUAGUGAUUCACUCUGCUGACAAGGGUGGAGCCACGGUUAUACAAUCAUAUCGAGACUAUCGUCAAGAAAUUCUACGUCAGUUGGAUGAUAUUGCCACAUAUAUAAAACUUACCUAUGAUCCUGCCAGUAAAUUUCAGACAAGGAUUAAAAACCAUAUAGAAUUGGGAAUCCGCAAUGGAUAUUUAGAUGAUAAAACAGCACAAUACCUAUAUGUUAUAAAUCCAAAACAUCCAGUGUUAUACACACUACCUAAAAUCCACAAAGAUCCCAUGAAACCGCCUGGCAGACCCAUUGUGUCAGCCAAAGAGGGCUUACUUGAACCUGUCACGAAAUAUAUUGACUUUCAUAUUAAAAAAAGUGUAAUGGCAUUACCCACAUGUCUACGUGACACUCAGGAUUUUAUUCAUAAAAUCAAUUUAAUUCCAGACAUCGAAGAAUCACAUCUACUAGUUACUAUGGACGUCCAAAGCCUGUACACCGUCAUACCUCAUAAUGACGGUGUCCAGGCUUUGAGAGAGGUCCUUAGUUCCUCCUCAUUAUAUGUGGGACCACCUAUAGAGUUCCUUAUGGAGUUCUUACUUAUUGCUCUUUCUUGCAACUACUUCAAAUUUGAAAACAAUUUUUUUCUACAAACGUCUGGGACAGCUAUGGGUGCAGCCAUGGCACCCUCCUAUGCUAAUGCUUUCAUGUUUGUUUUUGAAAAUGCAUGGAUUCUACAGAAAUAUGGACAUCAAAUUAAACACUACCAUCGCUUUGUCGAUGAUAUUUUUUUGAUCUGGAUGGGUAAUAUGGAAGAAUUGGACUCCAUGCUACAAGAGAUCAAUCAAGCCUCUACACCAGUGAAGUUAAGUAUGACAUGUGACACACAAUCUAUAGAAUUCUUGGAUGUGACUGUAUUUAAAAAUCAAGGCAAGUUGGAGUUCACACUAUAUCGCAAAGAGACAGAGCGAAACACCUUACUAUUAUCUUCAAGUUUUCAUCCUAGGAAUUUUAAAGCCUCUUUACCUAUAUCCCAGUUUCUGAGGGUAUACAGGUAUAACAGCACCAACGAAAGAUGUGAGAUACAACUUAAAGAAAUGUGGAAUAGAUUUAGAGCUAGGGGAUAUCCCUAUUGUACUCUUGAACUAGCCUUAAAAAAAGCGAAAGAAAUAUGGGAAUCUGAAAUGAAGAAUAACAAAAAAGUCAAAACAACGACAACAUCGAGGAUAUUCCUACCCCUAACUUUCCACACAGGGACCUCAAGAAUUAGAGACUCCAUCUACAAACACUGGGAUAUGUUACAAACAGACAAACAACUACCCAAAUCUUUUCAAAAUCGACCGAUGCUAAGUUACAAGAGGAAUAGAAACCUCAAAGAUAUCCUUGUAAAAAAUGAUCCCAGACACUGCUAUAUUAAAACUCCCAAAAUUGUCAAAAAAGGAUGUUUCAAAUGUGGAGGAUGCGUUACCUGUAGUCACAUGGUCAGUGGGGCUACUUUUGCCCACCCUCAUAGUGGUCAAAGAAUCAGUAUUUCUCAAUAUAUCACUUGUACCACUGACCAUGUGAUCUACUUAAUUACGUGCCCGUGUGGACUAUCCUAUGUGGGUAAGACGGACCGUACCCUCAGGGAUCGGAUACGGGGUCAUCGAUCUACAAUUACAACCGCAUUUCGGGACAAUUAUAGCGAUAAGCCGGUGGCGAAACAUUUUCUUGCUCUAGGACAUCGACUACCAACUCUCCGUUUUACAGCCAUUGAUCACAUUCCCCCCUUACCUAGAGGGGGAGAUAGAUCCAAGAUACUUCUACAGAAGGAGGCACGAUGGAUACAUCGUUUGGACACAGUAGCACCUAAGGGGCUCAAUGAAAACAUUGUAUACUCUAUGUUCCUUUAAUCCAUUUUCAUUCAUAUAUAUACUCUGCCCUAUAUAAUUUUUGGAGAAUAUACACUCCGUUGCUUGUGGACCCUUUAAGACAAGAUAUAAUAUUUAAAUUCCCUAAACAACUUUGGAUUUAUUAGAGAUAGUAUCUCAUACUUUAUGAAUUUACUCUUUGACCGUGCAGCACUUUUCAUACAAAAAUCUUUUGCUUUGAUAAUCAGAUUCUAUAAUAUAUUUAUGCCUCUAAAGCCUUUAGAACUUAUAGAUUAAUACUAAUUGAUAUUAUAUUGAUAAUAAUUAUGCUAUACUGCUAUUUUCUCCAUGGCUAAUAUUUAUGUUUUUAAGAUGCAAUUUUUUUGUCUCAGUAUAUAUAGCUCUUUUCACUUUGGGCACUAGUCACUUUAUCACAGCUGUCUUUGAUGUAUUUUGAACAGGCACUUAUAUUUUUUAUCUUUGCACUGGCACUUUUACUGAAUGAUUCUACAUACACUGCAGAUACUGGCUAUAUAUAUAUAUAUAUAUAUAUAUAAUGGUUAAAUAGCCACUUAUAUUUCAGCACCUACUCGGUUUUUGAAACCAAUUCUUGAUAUGUGUAUUGGUUUCCUAGUAACCACGUUCACAGCUAAUAGUUGAACACGUAAUUUCGUUCACGUUACGUCACUUCCGGUUUUUACUUCCGGGUUCGGACGGGAGGGAUGAGGGAACUGUAACACAAUUGGUGAGUACAUUUUAUGUUUUCCUAUAUAUUUGUAGGUUUUAUGUUUACAUAUUGAUCCUGAGGAAGACCCUAUUGGGUCGAAACGUCGAUCAAGUCAUUUGUAAACCUUAUAUGGAUUAAAAUACACUAUAUUUCUUCUAAAAAGACCUCUGAGUGCAUCCUUUUUCAACUAUACUAUUUAUCAGCAUAGGUCUGCACCGGGGCACAGUGACUAUUACUUCUUUGAAGCAAGGGUGAGUGCCAUUAUUAUGUUUUAUAUAUAUAUAUAUAUAUAUAUAUAUAUAUAAUGUCUAUGGAAGUACGACCGGCCCAAAAUGGCCCCCGCGUUUCUCGACCACCAGAGGUCAGUGCGGCAUAUAUGUAUAAUAUGUCUAUGCUUAAUAAGGUCAGUUGGAGUUCUGAUAGGCUAAAGCAGUCAGCUGACGCUAAACCAAUCACAACUGCCCAUUGCUGCUGAAGCUGAUACUUCAUCUUUAGCAAAAGCAGCAGGGGCAUAUUUAAUGCAUUUAGCAUUAAUAUAUGAAAACAUUAAAAAUUGUUUAAUGCUGAAUUAAAUCAUGGUACCAGAGGAUUCCAGACCCUAAAACUAGUUUAAUGAGAUGAAGCAGAUAUAGUAUCAAUUUAAGGACGGAGGCAAUUGUACAAAUUCUGAUGAAAACAAAACCUAGAAUUUGAGCUGUAUGUCUGUUCAACCAUAAAUUAGCUCUUUCAAAUUAAGUGCACCUACACUUUUACAUCAUUUUGUUCUGGAGCAAUAGGGCUUUCAUUCCACAUCAAAUAAUUAUAUAUAACACAAUUUAAUAUGAAUAAAAUCUAGAAAAGUGUGAGAAAUUAAGAAAUGUUAUUUUCCAAGAUCUGCAUGUAGUUUUGACUGUGACUGUCCUAAUACUGUUAGCAUUUACUGCAAUAUAUUACACGUUUGUAUGCUGCAAUGUCCCACAGGUACAACAAUGCCCCCCCAUGUACAGGUUUUAUGGUGCUUUGGAAACUUACCAGGUCAAAUAAAGAGUUUGUCUAUUUCAGUUUUUACACAUUGAAAUUGACUGGUUUGCUGGGCAUAUGUUUCCUUUAAGACCAGCACAGGAAUGAGAAUUACCCCCAUCAUAGCAUACCAUUUGUAAAAGUAGACAAACCAGGUUAUUCAAAAUGCCCAGUAUAUUUUUUUAGUAGCUGCUUACUCACAAACCGUUGGAAAAUAUAUAUAUAUUAAUUAAUUUUAUUUUUUUUGGCACUUUCACUGAUAUUGUCAUUUUACAAGUUUUAAAACACUCUCAUAUUUGUGUUUAGCUAAAUCUAACAAGUAAAACAUUUACCCCUAUGUUCAGGUUUUAUGGUGUUUUGGAAAGUUACUUUGUCAAAUAUAGAGCUUGCAAACAAAAAAUUCCCAACUUCAAAAUACCCCAACAAUAGUGUAAAACAUACUAAUGAUUUUUUUAAAUAACUCUGCUUCAAACUGCCGAUCAGGUCCAUGUUUUCGGAAGGACCAGAUUGGCUGAAGGAAGUGUGUCCGACAGUCCCAUCCCCCUUUUGACACUCCAGACCCCUAAAGCACUCUAGCUUGCAGAAAAGCAUUAUAUGUGGAGUGCAUUUUUUUUUUUUUUUUUUUUCUUUUUUCCAAAGCGCAGAUUUCAAUAGAAAUUGACACUUUUGUGAAUUUAGCUGGUUUACACCUCCCUGGUCCUGUUACUUCCUGAUUUGGUUAGCUUAACGGAGCUAAACUCAAGAGGCAGUCAAUUACCCAGAGCAUCUGCCUUGCAAAGACAUCUCAUUGAGCUGCAUUGGGAAGUCUGUGAUUGGACAGCCACAGAAAGUUUGGGCGGGGUUAGAAGAGGAGUGCUUGCACAGGCUGCAGGCAGAAGAAAUGCAGGUUUUGCAAGUGGUUUUUAGAUUAGGCCCCAAUGAAAAAAUGCAUAAUUAAAUGCAUGUAAAUUUUAAUUUGGAGGUAUUUCUACUAAACAGUAAUUUUUAUUUUGUAUUUGGGCAGUGGAGAGUCCCUUUUAAGCUUUCUUUCUUGCAGUGUUCAGCAAUGGUGGAAGCAUUUGCUCAAGCAGCAGUGAUCGGCUGAAAGUGUCAGUUGAGGUGCUUAGACUAUCACUGGCUGCCCAUAAUAAGUAAUGCUUCAGUAAUGUAAGUAUUUCCGUGAAGCAUUCGUCGCGAUGGGUGCCCAGUAAUAGGCUGAGAGCUCUGUGGAAACUCUAAGCCUACUGCUGGUGCUUGAGCAAACUCUUCCACAUUUGCUGAACACUACAUGAAUGGACACUGGAACAGUUGACUCUGCAUUAAACUGUGAAAAUAGUUCACUUGAAAUAAGUCUCUGUAUAUGCUGAUUUGCUUCUAUUUCGGAUGAAAUUUGAAAUUAGCUUUAAAUUCCCACCAAUUCUCAGUUCAUGAAUAACCCUGUCAAUGCCAUGCAUAGCAUUUCCUUCUGCUAUACUGAUGAGUGUUCUAAUGGCAAUGUAUUUUACUACUGAAACUAAGUUUCAUUGUAAUUUUCCCCACAUUUCUAUUAGUACGCGAUAACAAGUAAUUGUUCCUUGAACUGGUGAAUAUUUCCCUCUGCAUUAUUUAUUGGACAUUUUACAGAAUGUGUAUGACUUGUAGCAAGUUUAUACAGUUGAACAUUUUAUCACUGUAUUAUGCUUGACUUAUUAUCUGAUAUGCUUAGUUAUUGUUCAACUUUUACUCCGAUAUAACCACUGUUGCUUAUUUUCAGUGCAUUUUAAUCUACUUCUUUAAGUAUUUCUGAAGUUAUUUCAGAACUACUUCUGCAUUGACAAUCUAUUUAUCAUUUGUUUCAGAUAAUGUCAGAGGAGGAUAACCCCAUCUCGUACAUCCCUUCUCAGGAAAUGCGCUGUGUUCUGCAUUGGUUCUCAGGGUGGUCAGAGCCUCAGCGUAGUCGCUUCAUGGAAGACCUGCUUUGCAAGGCUGUUCCUGGAAAAUUAUUCCUUCUACUAGAAGGACUGAACUCACUGCAGCUAAAUGCUCCACCUCCCAGUCUCUUUCAGUGUCAGAUGAAGCUCUGGGAUCAAUGGUUCCAGGGAUGGGAUGAGGAUGAGAGGAAUGAAUUCUUGCACCGUCUUGAGCUUCAGGAACCUGCGUUUGUAGCUAAAUUCUACCAGGAAGUGGCAGGAACUGUGGGCAAGGAUUGAGAGAAGAGCAGCAAGAAACAGAGAUUGUGGCUCAUGGGAGGAGUAAUGGUUAGUGUGAGCAAAAUAUCAGCCAGCUGUGUUUGCAGAGAGUUUAUGUACUAAUAUAUUACUUGAUUUGUGCAUAUUUCUCAUUAAACCAAGGUCAGAAAUUUCUCUAGUGUUGAUUAUUACACUACAUAAGAGUUGUUGUUUUUUUUCACAGCUGGCUAAAAGGGAACUAUAACAAUAUAUAGCAAUCUAUUCUGCAGUGCAGAACCCUCACUUAACUACAUGUCAUGGUUUUGAAAGUACCAUAUAUGGAAUAACUCCUGCUUGCCUUGAUUAUUUCCUUAUGUACUAUAUAUAUAUAUAUAUAUAUAUAUAUAUAUAUAUAUAUAUAUAUAUAUAUAUAUAUAUAUAUAUAUAUAUAUAUAUAUAUAAUAUCCACAAGAAAGGCUGCACUUCACGGUCUUAUUCAAAACUCUUUUAUUAGGUAUACCUUAAAAAAGAUCAACGUUUCAGCCCCAUGUUGGGCUUUCCUCAGGAGCAAAAAAAGGACAUAUGUGGAUAUUCUAUGUGAACCAGCCAGUAUGCUUUGGCACCCGGCAUUUACCAAAACAGCGUGAGUGCAAGAAUUUUUUAUAUGUAUAUAUCUUUUAUUUUUUUUUAUUUUUUUAAGUAAUACUUUGUACUCGUUAUACAAAUGAACUUUGUAGCGGAAUUAAUUUAAAUGAGCAACAAUAUUCUUUCCUAUGCCAUACAACACCACCAAGUUGUUCCCUUCUGUUGUGUCAGAAUAUCUUCAUCUACGACCUGAGAUUGAUAAAUAUCGUGCACUAUCAGAGAUUGCUUCUUGUGUCUUUUCCAUGCGAGCAUGAGAAUAAAUAUUAUGGGGAAAAGUGCACCUAAACAGGCCCAUGUCAGAUAAGUAUUUGUAUCCACAUUUGGGUUUAAAGUGGGGCAACUGUAGUCCAAAAUCCUGAAAAAGAAGAAAUAAUGGAAACUGUUGUGAGCUAUGUGAUGAUUUUUGUAAAAUGGUUCAAUGUGGUUUUACAUACGAUUUCAAAUAAGCAAACAACCCGUUAAUCAAAAUGUUAAAUGACAAAAAAUGAUUUCAGAAAAAGUUUCUCUGUGUAAAAAAA